AGAAGCUAAGACAUAAGACUUUGUCCUUCUGGCCUGGCCCCUCUUCUAUAACUACUAAGCUUUCCAACUAAUACAGAGAACUCAUUCCACUUUUUCCUUGUUACUUUCCUCAAUUUUUUUUCUCUCUCAAACCAUAUAUAUAAGGAUAAGAUAGGAGCACUAAAGAUGGUCUUUGUCAAUUAUGGUAUAACAAAUCUCAGAGAAACAAACAUGAGAAGGGAUUAUAGGAAAAUGUGGAGAGCAGUGCCUUGCACAAGCCGAAAAAGUCUGCGAACCGAUUCGUGGAAAGACAUUGAAGAAAUCCUCAAGAGUAAGCUUGCAACCAUCACAGAAGAGCCAGAGAGUUGUGAUGAGAACCAAACUUCUUCACCAAGGCUUAAAAGAUUGGCCAAGAAUGGGAAGAAGAAGAAGAACAAAUCAGGGAACUUUCUCUUACCCCAUUUUAGUCUCAAAGAUUCUUAUGCUCUUUUCAUGACUAGAUUUGCCUCUAAAGGUAGCUUUGGAGGACUCCUUCAGUACUGAUCAGCUUAUUUAUGCAUUAGUACUUCUAGAAGAGGGGUUGGACUAAAAAUUAUGUUCAUGUGUAGUAAUAUAAGUAGUAGUACAACAAUAAUGGGGAGCAUAAUUCUUUUUUUAACAUAAUGUAUUUUGUAUAGUAUAUUUAUGCUAUAAUCAAAUUUCAACCAUCUUUGACA